UCUUCCUGCCUCACGAUGGUCGGUGCAAGUAUUGCAGACUAUAGCCCAUAUUCCCAACGACAACUAAAUCUCCGGCAUAUACCGGCGACAGUUCUAUAUGUCAAAUUGUGUCUGUCGACGCCGCCAGAAGACGAGUUGGUCUGAUACGCAGGAGAUGCUGGACACCCGGCGCAUUUGGGACAAGGACCUACGGCUGAAGGGGUUCGAGAAUCUCUCCUCGGACCAGCUGUUCUUCGUGUACUACGCACUGGACAAUUGCCAGCGGUCGGACGCGCAGGCGCAGCGCCGGCUGCCGUGGGCGCUCGGCGGGCAGGAGCGCGUCAACGGGCCGCUCCGCCACUGGGCCCCGUUCGCUAAGCACUUCGGCUGCAUCGACGGAGAACCCAUGGUGGCGCCGAAGCGGUGCACGCUGCUCGACGCACACGCCUAGUGCGUGCCAUGAACAGCGCGUGGUCUCGUACUAUACAACGAAUGCGCGAGUGCCGUUGACUAAUACGAAAUGAACUGACCAUGAUUUAUUAAA